CCUAGCUGGAAGCAGAACAAGAGCAGCGGCAUUAGCCCCUUCCUUGGGGGGCCCCUCACUCCUGUGUCCUCUGACUACCUGGACAGCUACCGACGGGCCCAGUUCCAGGCCCUGCUGUCCCAGGUGAGCCCUGGGCUGAUGCCACGGCUGUGCUGCGCCAGCACCAGGGAGGUGGGUGUGCAGGUGAACCUGCGGGCCGACGCCGCGGUGCAGUGCUCGCUGGGGCCGCGCACGCUGCCUGUCGGCCGCCCUGUUAGUGCCGCUGCCCUCCGCACCCAAGAGUACCCUGCCCUCUACUCGCCUGUCUUGGGCCACCGUGUCCUCGUCUUGCCUGAGGCUGCUCAACCCCAGCAGCAGGAAGAGGUAUCCGAAAUGACCCCUGAGGAGCAGAAGGUGGAGGACAGUAGCCAAAAGCAGCAGGAUGGUGAGGCAGAGGCCGCUGUGCCAAGUGAGGAGACAGCAGAGAUGCCACAGGAGGUGACUGCAGCCCCCAGACGUCGGGCUGCCUUCCAGUUUUUGGAGCAGAAGUAUGGCUACUUCCAUUGCAAGGACUGCAAGACCAGAUGGGAGAGUGCUUAUGUGUGGUGCAUUUCUGGAAGCAACAAGGUGUAUUUCAAGCAGCUCUGUCGCAAAUGCCAGAAGGGCUUCAAUCCCUAUCGAGUGGAAGCAAUCCAGUGCCAGAGCUGUUCGAAGACUCGUUGCUCCUGCCCUCAGAAGAAAAGACACAUUGAUCCCAAGAGACCUCAUCGUCAAGAACUCUGUGGCCGCUGCAAAGGCAAGAGGCUGUCCUGUGACAACACUUACAGCUUCAAGUACAUCGUCUGAUCCGUGUGCCCUCUUCUGUUCUGCCCUUGGCACUCUGUCAGUCUCCUGUGAUGUUCUGACUCUGGCUGUUGACCUGGCAUUGGAUAAUGGACAGUCUUUGUAUUAUUUAUAAUGUAUUUAACUUGUAUAUAUGCUGUGAAUAAAGCCCAAUAAGUGCUUGCACUAGUUUGUUA